UUAUGAUCAUAUCCUAGGCCCCAACAACUAGUCCUCUCAUCCUGUAAAAAUCCUAUCAUAUAUCUCAACAAUUCAUUUCACCAUGUCAGACUUGUCAGAUGCACGCUGCACAGACACAGGCCCGCCCACUCCAAUGUCCCACCUCUGCUGCUCUUCAGUUUCAAUAGCUCACCAUCAUUUAAGCAUCUAAUGAACUCCCUCACCAUAAAUCCUGGUUAAAUGGGGUAUUUGCCCUCAUCUUUUUCGGGGUGUAUUUUCAUCGAGGUGGAAGAGCUGCAUGCAGAGGCUUGAGGAAGCCAGAAGCAUGUCAUGCCAACUGGCUCACAGCAAAGAUCAUCCACGCGUCAGGAAGUCGCCUUCUGACUCUUCUUCAUCUUCAUCGUCCUCGGCCAACGAGAGUCUGAGGCAUGAGCGACUAUCUAGACUGAACUCAUCCGGCAUGUCGGACCUCUCCAACGACACGACGGGAAACCAUGCCGAGUCGUACUUCUCACGACGGGAGAACAGAUUGUCGGCCAGAAAAAAGGCAGAAGAGGAGAUGGCGCGGAAUGAUUACAAAAAGAUGUAUGAAAAAGCGCUGGUCACCAAUCAAAGGCUCAAGUCUAGACUGGAAACCAGUAAACAGGAAUUAGUUGUGAUCCAGGAGCAACUGCAAAGAGCUCAGCAGAAGGAGAGGAAAAGCGAACUGGGUUCCACCAUGCUCGAAACAGAGAAAAAGGACAGUCGAAGUCUCACCAAGAAGAUAUCUGAGAUGGAAGAACAAGUAAAGGUCAAAGCAGAACUUCAUACAGAAAACCAAAGACUGAAGGAUGAAAAUGGAGCGCUGAUUCGCGUCAUCACCAAAUUAUCCAAGUGAUUUACCCCAGGAUGAACGGAAGAAGGAUUAAGUGAUUUGGCGAGUGCUCCCUAUUUUGUCUCAUGAAAACAACACAAGUGAUCCCUCUGAUUCUGUCUUUUGUUUUGUUUUUCUGGUCAGAUGACUAAACCCCAAUUCGCGUGCAAAGACACGGCCCACGUGGCAUUAUUCAUCAUCCCAGAACAUGAACUCCAAUGAAAUGCAUCUCCAUGGAAACUGUGACCUAUGUAGUAGUCCAUAAUGCAAGUGUGAUGUCACCAAUCUCCUCCUAACCUGCAAUUUCAACCGAAUAAAACACAUCCAAUUCCCCUCCAAAAGUCUUGGAACGUGACGAUGGAUUCCUUUUUGUUGUAUAGAAAAGACAUUUGGAUUGCAGAUCAAAAGAUUUAGAUGAAAGAGGCUCAGAAGUCCAGCUUUGAUUUGAUUGUAUUCCUUUCUAAAUGCUAGUGCUCGCAUUUGGCUUUGGGUUUCACCUGGAAAAAAAACGGAAUUUGCUGUUAAGCAAAAAAAAAAAAAAAGCCCAGCAAGCUGUCAAUGGGAGAAAAGCCAGCCAUUUAGAAGAAAAUUCAUCAGUGCUAUUGCACAAACAUUGGGCAUAGCCAAUCCAAUUUGGGGGACAUAAACACCAAAAGACAACAUCCCAAAUAAUAAAGGAUCUGCAAAACACACAAGCUUAUCUGUGAAACUUGGUCAAUUCAUGGCUUGGUCUUGCAUGGCUGCUCCUAAAAUCAGGCUGACUAGUUUUUAUUGAUGAUACGACUCAUAAUAGUAGCAGCACAUCAAUUCUAAAGACUACUAAAGCAUUUUGUCUUGCAGUUCCCAGGAAAAAUGUAUCUGCAUAAAGCCUGCAAGCCAUUAACUUCAGCAGAAUAUUGCUUUCAGCAUUUCAAAAGCUUUUUCUGGCCUGUAAUGCAGCCUCGUUUGUUUCUGGGGGUUUCGUUGUUGUUUUAGCUUCAGAUUUGUUUUGACAGAGCAUCUAGCAUCUGCCUCUAGAGUCUUCCUGUUUGGUUAACAACAAUUUUAGUAAUAAAACAAACAAAUCCAAAGUAAAAAAAGAAAGAAAGAAAAAAAAAAGCAGUUUGUAAUGUAUUGCUGAAACAAAGCAAUUGACCUUCCCGUUCCAAUACUUUAGGAGGCGACUGUACGAGUAUAAAAGAAAA